CUUUGUUACUAUUCCUCUUCCAUCACUUUCCCUUCGCGACAAAUUCGGGCUGAAGGUGUAUCUGUCGCGAUGCCUACGCCCGUUGCGAAAGGUAUCAUCAUCACCGUCUCGGCGCUGAUCGCCGCCGGGAUCGCGGUUUACGAGUCGCCGCAGUUCCGCCAGUGGGUCAAUAAUUCGCGGCGAAAGAUCGCGUUGGCUCUGCAUAAUCUCGGCGAUGAAAUUAACCCCCACGAUGCUCCCUUCAGACAAGAUAUCUCGAUGACGGAAGAGGUGGGUGCAGCAGCCGAAGAACGGCGCCGCAUAGCUCGGGCAGAGCUGGAACGACGUCGCUCCUUGCUCGAGGAACGUCGCAAAGGCAUGGCCCGAGGCCCGACAAACAGUUUCGAUACCUUGGUCGAUGAGCAUGGUCGGUUGUUGGACACUGCAGAAUCAAGCGAUAACCCGUUGGCCAACUCGACCGCCGUGGAAGUGGCAACGUCGCAGUCUGUGCACCGGGGCAAGAUGACUAGGGCAUCAACCUUGCUGCCGGAUGAGUCUCCCGCCCAGACAAAUACUCACGAACCAAGUCAACCGCUGCAGCUCGAUAUUCCCUCGCCUCGCGCCCGCUCGCCAUCACUGGCCGAGUUUACACCCGUCUUUGAAGCCGGUGGCCAAUUGGGCAUGUCGUUUCUAUCGACAGUUGAACAUGAGGAACAACGUGUUACUGGAGAUAUCGGGUCAGAUUCUAGCCAUACAGAAGGACAUUCCGAAGUCUUAUUCGAUCAUCCCAUGGACUGGCCGACAAAUGAGACUGAGCGUGAUCUGCGGUCACCUUUCUCGGAUUUGGCGGAGUUGCAGUUCCAGCAGGAGCGCGCUUCUACGCCGUCUACUAGCGAUAGCUACAGUCAGAUCUAUGAGUCUGCGAUUGAUGCGGCAUCCGAUGGCACCCUAAGCGACCUGGGCCGGUCGACUGGGGUAGCUACACCGACCAGUUGGUCGGAGGUGGGCAGCGUAAUCAGCAGCGAGGAGCACAUACAUCACUUGUAGGCAAGUUGGGCUCCCUUGGGUAUGGGAUAUGUAGCUGGGUGGCGCUGAAGGAGGGUGUUGGCGUUUGCUGUUCUAUUCUUGCUAACUUGGAUCAAGGAAUAACCAAGGCCGUACACGCUCCCAUGGUUAGUGUAAAUAAUUAUUUAUUUCCUAGGAGAGAAUGGCUUGUUUCCCGC